UUAUCGGCGAGAGUGAGUGUUGUGUUUGUGUGGAAAUGUUCAAGAUGGAGCGAAUACUUAUCAUGCUACUAAUGGUGACAACGAUAAAUGCAAUCGUGGUAAAACAAAGACUAACUCAGGAGGACUGUGACAAGAUGGAUAUACGGAAGAUAAACAAUUAUUACUACGUGAAAGGUGCCCCGAUUAACCUAACUGGGAUACCUUCAGAUUUCUCUGUGCACUGGCGAUCCGGAAGAGUUUUCUUUACACUAAUAAGUGAUGAUUAUUUAACAAUGAGAGUCCAAGUAUUAAAAGGUAAUCAAGUAAACACUAUCAAAAUGGAAGUCGUCGGUCAGUCAACCACAGUAGAUAACUAUAACGACAUUGUAUAUGUGGCUACUGAUAAUGGAGUGUACAUAUAUAAUGUCGAUGGUACACUUGAACAUUACGCAGCGGCUGGAGAAGAUGUUAUGUAUGUCGCCGUUUCGAAAGAUGGUACCAACAUGUACAUAGCCACAUGGCCUCAGAAUAGAGUGCAUUUAAUUAGUAAUAACGGUCAGAAGCAGGAGACUUUCUCCUUAAUACCUAAUGGACAUGAUUUGAGAAUAGACCCUUCUAACAACGUGUAUUUUGUCGCAGCUAAAACUUCUUACGUUUUGCAAGCAGAAAAUACUAUACCUAUUAGAAUCAAAGGCUUGCCAACGAAUAAUAUGACAGGUAUUUUUGUAAAUAGAUCAGAUAAGACAUAUGCUAUGGAUGAAUCAGGAAAUAUGUAUAAAAUAGAUCCAGAUAAUGCUAAAGCUAUUCUUCUUGGUUCAUUCCACAUUAAUGGUGUAAAUGCUUUCGCUUUGGACGCGUUUGAUAAUGUACUUAUAGGUGUAAAUGGCGCCAUUUUGAAAUACAAUAAAAUGGAAAAUUCUCCCUGUAGUGUGCUCAUGACGCUGAGUUAGGAUUGUGAUAAAAAAUCCGAAAUUUUGGCAAUAAAAGGCUAAGUUUAAAUUAAGUUACAGAAGUUAGCAUAUGUGGAUAGACUGAAAGUGUAUAUUAUAGCAAGAAAACCCAUUUUGGAUUCAAGCGAAUUUGGAUGUUCAAAAACUGAUAUAUGAAUAAUUAAAGUCCUAGGCUAUACCUAUCAAUACAUUAAAUAUAGUGUAUCUGUUGAUGUGAAACAAACACUGAUUUAAACUUUCACGAUUCUUACUUGUUCACGUAUUUAUGAACCCUUCGAUAACUCAGCUGGUCCUAGGUGCCCUAGCGUAUUAAAAACUUUGGACAGGCAUUGCAAUCAACCAAUAUGGAAUAGCCACUAACCUUGAGCACACGCCGAUGAUUUUCGAGGAUCCUGGUCCUUCUUCAGCUAGCUAGCACUUCCAGGGCCUUGAGAGGUCGUCACACACGCCUUGUAAACUGAUUGUUCGCAAACACCACCGAAAUACCGAAUUUUGGAAAUAUUAACACACAGAGGAACAUGCGUUGCAGGCCGCGCCCGAGCCGAAGUGAUUGACAGUCCGAGGUAUUGAAUCUACCUCCGAAUUUGCUCCGAAACGGCAUACCCUCAUAUUAAAAAGAUUACAAUGCCCGAACAUUACUCAUUAUUAUUCACAACGGCGAGACUUAAUCGCGUAAAAUAAGUUUUUAAACCUCCGACGUUUCGAGGACGGUGGUCUCGGAGAAGACUGGCUCAAGUUGACAUCAACAUCUUCUAGCCGCGCGAGUUUUUCGAACUACCCGCACUUGGUCUUGAUUAUCAGCUUGAACGUUUACGCGAUUAAAUCCCACCGCUGUGACUUAUUAACAGUAUCACGCUAAUUCUAGUCUUAUUUUUUUACCUGUUUGUGAUUUUAUUUGUUCCGUACGCCUCUUACGACACUUACCUAUUGGGGGUAUGUCUCAAAUAUUAUGUUAUAUAUGUAAGAUAGGUAUUCGUAUUCGUACUUUGGUUUUGUAAAUUUAAAAUUGUAAACAAUUGUACUGACAUAUUUCAAAGAAUUUUAAUAGGUAUUAACUUUUUGUAAUAAGUAAGUAACUCUCUUUUUAUAAAUUCGAUUACACAGCGUACUACCUAUGUACAGUAACCUGCAAUAAUAUGUACAUAACAUGUACGCUGUUAUGGCUCUACAAAUAAGAUUGUGUCAAAUAUUUUUGCGGCCUUCGUUGUGCAACAUAUUAUUGCAGGUGACUGUACGUAGGCGAACAACACGCGAACGCGAAGCGGCGCGGCGCGGCGCGGAGCGGGGUGAAUCAAUCCUGUCAUACCUAUAGCGUGGGCGAUCUCGUUGCGAACGCGAACGCCUUGGAACCGCCGCGCUCCGCCGUGCCGUUUCGCUUCGCGUUCGCGAGUGUUUGCCUACGUAAGACUAGUAUAAGACUAUGUUACAGUAUGUUUCGUUAAAAAAAAUCACAAUAUACUCAUUCAAUUCACAUUAGUUAAAAAUGUUUAUGUCAGUGAUUAAUUUUAACUUAUUGCUGGAAAGAAAAAUAAAUUUGUAAAUUUAUUAAAAAUAUAAAUUACACUAAACAUUCAA